AUGAAGCCUGAGAUCGAUUGCUUUGGCCUGGCCCUGCCGCCGAUUCGCACCGACACUAAUCAUAAUAAGAAUAUGGCCCAAUCCAAUGACUAUCUCAUUAUAAUGGCAAUGGUCUUCAGCAUCGUGCAUUGCGUUGUCUGUUGGUACUACAUCAAGACCAAUUAUGUUGGAAUCCCCUUCGCUGAUGUGCCUCCGAUGGACAAGCGUCCCCUAGCAGACCUGCAGGUGGCCAGAAAAUGGGCAUUUGCGAACCAGGUUAUAUACACCGUUUGCCUGCCGACUGUCAAAAGCUCGACCCUCAUCUUCAUGUCUCGGCUCGAGCCCGGGUCCAAGCACGUCGUGCGCUACCUGUGGUCUGUGUUUGCCCUCAACUUAGGCAUUCUUGUCAUUGCCGAACUCGUCAUCAUUUUCCAGUGCAAGCCUAUCAAGCUCGCUUGGUCUGUGCCGGCACCCGGCAUGAAUUUCAGCUGUAUCGACUACGGAGUUUUUUUCCUGUGGGGCACCAUCACUACCAUCGUGACAGAUUUCCUUGUUCUUGCUGUUCCCUGCCUCAUCACCUAUAAGUUGCAAUUGAAACGGAGACGCAAGAUUGCAGUCAUGGUCCUCCUCGGUCUCGGAGUGAUUGUCACGAUUGUCAGUUUCUGGCGUCUUGUCCAGUUCAUCCAAACCGUGUACACCGGCGUGGACCCUUCCAAGCCGAUCGGGAACUUUGGUUUUUCAGCUUCGUCACUUGAAGUUAACAUCGCCAUCAUCUGCGCGUGCGGGCCCGGGAUUAAGCCCGUGCUCAAACGCUACGCACCAUUCAUUCUAGGUACUUCAACCAGUGACACGCGCACACACACCUACGGGAAAACCGGAUAUGCGACCCACGGAACGCAAUUAAAGUCACACAUCGAGGACGACGGCAUGUUUGAGAUGGGUGCCGAGGCGCGACACCAGAUCGACGUGCAAGGCGGGUCCACGAACCUUACCCAGACCGACAGAUUCGGUUUAGGACCUAGCAUAUCCGACAGCGACGAGGACCGUAUAAUGGACAAAACUGGAAUUGUGCGCACCACGGAUGUAUCGAUCAACUACCACAACGAGCGAAUUCGAAACAGUCCCCGUCCAUCGGACCGAGACGGAAAGACCUCCAGUGUGGAUAGUCUCGUUUAG